AUGAAUCUUUUGCCAGAUCUUCAUGAUGAAAUUGCAAAAUGUCAGGAGGAGGCUAUUAAAGAAGUGGGUGAAAGAAAAUUAACAGGGCCAGAAAUUGUUCAAGUCACUUUUGAGAAAAUUGAGCAAAUCAGAGAAAAGAUUAAACCAGCUCAAGACCGUCAGAAGAACUAUCCUGAUAGACGCCAUAAGCCGAUUGAAUUCUUUGUGGAAGAUUAUAUGAUGCUGAAAGUCUCGCCAAGGAAAAGGGUAGUCAGAUUCGGUAAAAGAGGUAAGCUCAGUCCAAGGUAUACCGGGCCAUUCAGAAUUUGUAAGCGAAUCGGAAUGGUUGCAUAUCAGCUAGAGUUACUAGAGGAGCUUAGUUUGAUUGAUAACACUUUCCACGUGUCUAAUCUACGGAUGUGUUUGGCAUAUCCGAGUCUGGCAGUGCAUCUACCAGAAGUCAGGCUAGACAAUAAGUUGAAAUUUGUAGAAACCCUAGAAGCAAUAACUGAUCGGAAAACUAAAGUUCUGCGGAAUAAAGAAAUAAGUUUGGUAAAAGUUCAGUGGCAUUAUCAUGAGGGAUCUGAGGCAACCUGGGAAUUGGAAUUGGAAAUGAGAACUGAGUAUCCGUGGCUUUUUGAUCAAAGGAAUUCCAGGACGAAAUUCUCUUUUUGA